AUGCUCAAAGAUGAGAAGGUCCCUCUUGAUUGGAAGGAUGAGCUCCAAUUGAUGCUGGUACGCAACCGCAAGUUGCAAAUAGAAGCCAUCAUCUCUGCCACUGUGACGAGUGAGGAUGGGCUGGAGGAGGAUGUUGGCAUUGAUGGGUUGAUAGAGUAUGUUGCGGGGGAAAUAGAGCAAAAGGGCAAGAAAGUGUUAUAG